AUGGAAGAAUUAUUAGCUGAUAUAUUUAAUACAAAUGACGUUGAAAGAAAAAUGCUAUCUGAUGAAGACAAGACUGAACCUAAAGAUUGUAACGAAGGGGAAGAUGCCAGUUUGUAUAAAUUAUUAGAUGAAGUCAGCGGAGGUAGGAAAUUAAUGAGUUUUCUUUUCCAACAUCAUGAUGUAACACAGGAUUCUUUCUCAACACGAUCGUGGUAUAGAAGAGAUAAUCCUAUUAUUAAUAAAUGUUAUGAUAUUGGAGAGGAAUGGUUGGAAGAAGAAAAAUACGCAAGUAAUUUCCAAAGUGGUAAUAAUAUAUCAAUGGCUCUUCCCAUUGAUACACCAGUAUUAUUUGCAUGGAGUAAUAAGGGGACGACUACGAGUAAUAAACUACUAAAAACAAAACAAGCGAAAGGAAAAGAAGAAGCAGAGGAUGAAGAAGAUGUAUCACGACAGCCUCAGAAAGAGAGGAAGGAGGAAAGUACAAACCAAAAAUUAUUUAAAUUAGCAAGUAUUGGUCUUAAGGAAAUAGUCCGAGAGCGGGAUUUGUCCUCUUCUGAAAUGUAUAAUACCAUUCAGGGGAAACGACAAGAUUCUAAUAAUAUCUUAAUCAUGACUAAUUCAUCUACCAAUGUCUACUCUGUUGGAAGUCAGGAUACUGACAAAAAUACAUCUGUAUUCGGGGAAUCCACAUUUAAGAUUGACCCUUUGCAAAAAUUUGUUCCAAGAGGAAUUUCACAUACAAAGAAUGCUGAUAAGGAUGGAAUCGACCACAAGAGGACGAAGCAUAAAUCCAAGGGGAAAAGUAGUUUUUGGUUUUGGAGUAGCCAUAGUAAGAAGAAGAAUGAAAGUAAGGGUAGUCGGCAUACGAAAGAUAAAAAAGAAAAAUCCCCAGAGAAGGCUAAAAAUGGGAGUGUUCCAGUUUUUGCUCUUGCAGAAAAUGACGAUUCAGAAAAUGUUAUUUUCAAUAGCGAGGGUCAGUCAUUCAAUGAACCAAAUAGUGACGUUAAACCACAUAUUAUGAGACAGGAACCUCGCAUCAGCGAUAACGUGAGUGAAUUAGAGAACUCAAAAGAAGAAAAUGCUGUGGAUGAUGGAUAUGACGGUGAAGGCAAGAAAGAUGACGCUAGUGAAAGCGGAAGCGAAGAUGAUUUUGGUGACUUUGAACAAGGAACUGUGGCAUCGAAUGUAAAUAAUGUACAAGAAAGUCUAGAGUCACCCUCACUGCCUAAUAGUGAGACGAUUUCAUUUGGUUCCACGAAGUAUAACUCUCCUUCCGAGACACCGACCCUGACAGAGACAGCUAGUCCUCCAUCGAAGCCAACGAAACCCAUAUUCCCCAUUUCACAUAAUCUAGACACUCGAAUCAACAGUAUAUCUGAUUUUACGCCCUUGCAACCCAAGAAAAGAUAA